AUUAAUAAUAACAUUCUCACAAUAUUCUCUCUCCUGCGUUGUGUACGAUGCAUAGACCACAGCCUAAUAACAGGAAAACAAUUCCAGUGCGCAUGUGUCAGAAAUUUGACAGCUCGCGAAAAGAAAACAAUCAUUCCUGUGAAUUUGCUGCUACUCGCAGGUGCGUUCCAGAACAGCUCCAGUUUAUUUUGUGUAUCGACAUUUGUUAUCUGGUGUUCAAUCGAGCUUGCGAUACGCUAAUCAGAACAACAAGAAACCUGCUGUGUGUGUGUGAAAGCAACAGCAAAGAACGCAAGCAAAGAUGGACACGAUGGAAGUACCGAACUACGGCACCGUGGUGGUGUGCCCGUACAACAACGCGCACCAGAUACUGGCGGAGCGUUUGCAGAAGCAUCUGGUAAAGUGCCGGCGGCAGUACCCGAACGCCAAGAUUACCGCCUGCCCGUUCAACAACGCGCACCAUAUCCCGGAGCAGGAGCUGAAGCUGCACACGAAGACUUGCCCCGACCGGGGCCAGAUGGAAUCGUUCAAGUAUGCGAUCGCGUCGACCCCGGCACCUCCGCCACAAGCCGCCGUGUACGUACGGUCGGACGGUACGACGGUCUUGGCGACGGCCCCACCAGUGGAGGACGUUAAGCUAGACGACGACGAGAACUGGGACGACAUGGAUGCACCGGCCUACAAUCCGGCCAAGUACUGUGCGAACAACCUCAUCAUCCGGAAGGCGACGCACAAGACCGCGGCGGAGAAGCGUCAGUUUUACGAGGACGAACGCGCCCGCCAUGAGAUGCUCAAGAAGGGCAACGCUUAAUCGUGCGGAUGUGUGGGUGUGUAUGUGUGUGUAUCCGGUAAAUACUAAUACUAAGGGCACGCUUUGCCGUCUUUUGUUAUACCCAGGGCGGUAGUGUUAUCAGGGUCGUAAGAAUCUAUUUGGAGAACAGUAAGCUUGUUUUUUCUUUAUCUUUU